UUCUUAAAGUGACUAAUUCCCACUCUCUCAUUGCGAAAGAUACCCAAAACCCAAAAAGAAAAAGACGGGAGAAAAAAGAAGUCUUCUCACUUUCUCUCUCCAUAUAUUUCUUUCCUUUCUACAACCCUCCCCUUCUCAUUCCUCUCUCUAUGAAGAACUCAUAGAGAGAGAGAAGUAGCCAUGAAGAACACCAUUAGAUGCUGUAUCUCUUGCAUUCUACCAUGUGGAGCUCUAGACGUGAUUAGAAUAGUACACUCUAAUGGCCGAGUAGAAGAGAUCAGUGGCACAAUCCGAGCAAGCGAGAUCAUGAAAGCACACCCAAAACACGUCUUGAAAAAGCCCUCUUCUCCCUGCGAUGAUGGGGUGGUUCCAAAGAUCGUUGUAGUCCCACCUGAUGCUGAGCUUCAGCGUGGAAAGAUCUAUUUUCUCAUUCCACUCCCAUCAACCCCAGAGAAUAAGAAGCCUCCUCGAUCAAGAAAUUCCAGCACCAACAGAAGGAAAAGAAGAGAGAAUAAUAGCAACAACAAUAGUGAAAGCAACAAUUUGAGCAAUAACGUCGUCAGCAACUCCAUUUCAAUGUCCACAAACCUUCUCAUUUCUGAUCGGUACCUGAGUGAGAUACUUUCAGAGAAGCUAUCAACUCAGAGAGAUCGAAGGAGAGGUCGUGUUGGGGUGUGGAGACCACACUUAGAGAGCAUAUCUGAGACCCCAAAUGAUGCUUAAAGGAGGUUCUUGAUGAGUUUGUAAUGAGCCAUAUAUGAUUUUUCUUUUUCUUUGCGAUUCAUUCCUGCGGUUCUUAUCCAUUAGGGUUCAAGAACUCCAUCCCUAUUAUUCAUUUUCCUUUUCUUUUCCCUACCCUUCUCUUCUUUCUUUCAUUUUUUUUUUUUGAAUUUCCCCCUUUUCGUGUAUAUAGAGGCAUAGAGAAAAAUGGCAAAUAAUGCAGAAGAUGAGUCAAGGUUUGGAAAUUGAUGUUGGUGAUGAUGAUGAUAUUAAACAGUUGUGGCAGGAUCUUGCUACUCCAUGUAUCAUCAAGCCAUAAGUAAUUGCUUUGAGAGCUUCUUUAAUAUUCAAGUGUGGCUUUUAAUUAGUACAGAAAUUCAUGAAGAGAAAGCAAUAUAAUUUUUGUAAUCUUUUUGAGAGAGAAACACAUGUGCAAAAUUUUUUUUUCUUAAUCUGUUUGUAAGAAAUAAGGAAUAGAUAUUGUUACUGAGAAUGGUCACAUUUCUACUGUGUGAAGUACCAAAAAUUGUUUCAAUAAGAAUUGAAAAAUGAUUGUGCAAUGAUGAUU